AUGGGGGAUUCCCAGCAUGGCUCAGCCUCCAGCUGCUGGGCUACCUUCACCAACUUCUCAAGUAGCCAAAAGGGAAUUCUUCUGUAUACUGAGAUUAUAUUCUGCUUGCUGAUUCUGACCUGCUUCUGUGAUUUAGAACUAGGAUACUACUCCCUGAUGGGGAUUGAGAUGAACCUUGCUGUUGUCUUCCUUGUCUUGUACUUGACUGGCCUGCACACUAAGAUACAAUGCAUCAGCUGGCCCUGGUGUGAUUUCUUUCGAACCCUUUCAGCAGCAAUUAUCUACCUGAUCACCUCCAUUUCUGUCCUUGCUGGGAAAGGAACCCGCUCUGAAAUUAUUGAUGGGAUAUUGGGCCUAAUUGCUACCUGCCUCUUUGGCUGUGAUGCCUAUGUCUCCUCCCCCUUGAGACAGUAA